UUUACCCCAGGAGUGCCUUGCACCUGUCCCCUGUGCACUUCAGACAGGAGGAGCUGUGUCACAACCUCUGAAGGAGUUCAGCUUGCUAAGGAACUUGGAGCCACUUACCUUGAACUGCACACUCUUAAUGACUUCUAUGUACAGAAAUACUUUGGAGGAGUGCUGGAAUAUUUUAUGAUCCAAAGUUUGAAUCAGAAGUCAUCCAAAAAAAUGAAGGAAAGGAAAAAGAUGCAGAAGUGCCAUCGAGUCCAACCACCUCAGCUUGAACAGCCAGAAAAGAUGCCAAUCCUGAAGGGUGAAGCCUCACACUACAACGCAGACCUGCACAACCUGCUCUGCUGCUGCCAGUGUGUAGAUGUGGCCUUCUACCCUGAGGACUUCAGCAUAGCAGUGGAGGCUCACAAGAUCAUCCUCUGCUCUGUCAGCCACCUCUUCAUGCUGCUGUUUGGAGUGAAGAGCCCAUCCGAUGCCCAUGAUGCCUCCCUUGUGCAGCUGGCACAGAGUCUCUUUGCGGUGGAGGAGGGGGAUUCCUUACCCUCGUAUCCCCAUGGUGUCCCACCCUGUGCCCAACCAGUCAGGGUGGUGGUGAAGGAUUCUCUCUUCUGCUCUUGUCUCCCAGAUAUCCUCCACUUCAUUUAUUCAGGUGCUUUCCAGUGGGAAAGACUGGAAGAGGACAUAAGAAAGAAAUUGAAAGAUCCAGAUAAAACAGAACAUGUGCUUGAGAAAGUUAAAUGCAUCCUGAAAACUCCAUGGAAGCUAAACACUGUAAAGGACUGCAAGUCUCACCAGAUAAAACUGCUCUAUAAUACUUCUCUCAGGCUGUUCUUUAACACACCUGUGCUGGCUGAUGUAAUCUUCAAAAUACAAGAUGCAACUGUACCAGCCCACAGGGCAGUUCUGGUAGCCCGUUGUGAGGUUAUGGCAGCUAUGUUUAAUGGUAAUUAUCUAGAAGCAAAUAGCAUUCUGGUUCCGGUGUACGGGGUUUCCAAAGACACUUUCCUGUCCUUCCUAGAGUACCUUUACACUGACUCCUGCUGCCCAGCCAGUAUUCUCCAAGCAAUGUCUCUACUGAUCUGUGCAGAGAUGUACCAAGUAAUGAGACUCCGGCAUAUUUGUGAACUUUACAUCAUCACACAGCUUCAGAGCAUGCCUAGCAGGGAACUGGCUUCCACAAGCCUCAGUAUUGUUAGCUUGCUCAAAAAAGCUAAGUUUCACAAUUCUGAUUGCCUUUCAACUUGGCUUCUUCAUUUUAUUGCCACUAACUACCUCAUAUUCAGUCAAAAGCCUGAAUUUCAAGAAUUAUCAGUGGAAGAGCGCAAUUUUGUAGAGAUGCACCGAUGGCCAUCAAACUUGUACCUGAAGCAGCUUGCUGAUUACAGGAACUAUAUCCACUCUCAGAAAUGCCACUGCACAGUAAUGUAAAGAGACUGAAUACACACAAAGUGCAUUUGAACUGCAAAAUUUCAGAUUGGGGAUUAUAUAGAAUAUAAAAACCAUGUCAAGAGUGAAACCUGAUGCUGAUGUCCCCUGGAAAUUACAGACAUUCUUUGUUUUGCUAACAAAUUUAUCUAAUUUUUACCUAGAAGCAUUGAGAAAUGUAUGUUGAAGAUUUCUUUUAAGCAGAAGGACUUCAUAUUCACGGGGGUUAUAUGUAUUACAGGACAUUGCCAUCAUGACUGGCAUCUGUUCUCCCUUCUAAUUUCCUUUUUGUUUAUUUUAUUGGUUAUUUUCAUGGUUAUUUUUGGCUGCUAAACUGCAUCUGUUGCGAACAGACUGGUUAAAUCUGUGUGUAAUAGAAGCAUAGGAGUACAGUACCAGUGCAGCAGGAAGCUGAGAAGCCAGGUCAUAAGUUCUUCAUAUACUUCAGGAUGCAAAGAUUUUCUGCAGCAUUUGUUAGUUCACAAUAUAAACGGUAGGCUUAAGAAACAUUGCAGUUAUUGUUAAUUUAUUACUUCAGAGAAAGCUUGUAGCUCUUUUACAACCCUAUGAAUAGAUGUUUUCAUUCCAGAGGAAUGCAUCACUACAUUCUUUAGUGCCUCCCAAAUAUCUAAAGAAUGACAUCAUUUUUCCUGCCAAUAAGUAGGAGAAAAAAGCCUGUUUUAACAAUCUCCAGAACACCUUUGUUGGUGUGGUCAUAUUGUAUUUUUCCCCGCGAGGAAUAAAAAGAGGGAAAUAGAGCAUGUCUCAUGGACAGGGAAGAAAGGCAGAGCGGUCAACAGCCUUUCAUGGGGUUUGAGCAAAAAACCUCACUAGCAGAAGUGACAUUUUUGGGAAAAGUGUGUCUUGUAAUCAUAGGUCUCCACAAUACCUGGCAACAAAAAUCUUAGCUGUGCUGGUCAUGGAAGAGAUGACCCUCACAGAUUUGCUAGUGCUGCCUGGGAUAUUGACUUUUGUGGUGGGACUUUGAGCUCAAACCUCCCCAGCGGCAACUCAGUUCAAUCUUAGUUACCAUUAUGUUCUCAUAAGUUGCACCACAGGAGAUGAACCUAGCUGUGGAUCCUUUCUGAGAUACAAGAGUAAAUCCCAGAAUAUUAUGACUGGCAUGAUCCAUGCAGAUGCUAUUUAGCAUUUUCUUGACCAAAAUUUUUAAUGCUGAUGACUUGUGUGUACACAGUAUGUGCUAAUGGCAAAAUGAACCCAGCCUUUACCUGAGCAUAGGUGCUCUUCUAGAAGCAAAAUCUAGUGAAGGAACUAAAUUUCUCAUGAUCACUCUUGUACUUCCAAUUCUGCUUUUUCAUCUGCCUUUGUAAUUUGGUACGUAGCCUGAGACUGUGGCAUUUCUGCCACAUGAAAUGUACCUGGAAACUGCACUUGUGAGAAGAAGAUAGAAAGACAAAUUGAUGGAGAUGAUUUUGGUUUUUUUUUUUCAAAUAAGGUAUAAAAAUUGUUAUAUUUGUCAAUAUAGUUUUAUAGGUAAAUUGUUCUUUUCAAAUUCCAUUCUAGAGUCAUAGAGAUUUUUUUUAUUUUUCUGGUGAUACAUUGCAGAGCUUGAGAGGAUGUUUCCUUCCCUAUUUUUGUAUACACACACACAAAAAAAAGAGUUUAUGACUCAACUGGCUGCUGGAGACUCAAAAUUUGAAGGUUAGUUUUAUGCAAGAAUGAUUGAUUUUAAAAAAAAAAAAUAUUUGCAUCUGCAGAUCCUGAAGUUCUUUUAAAGAUGAAUAGACUUACCUAUGUCUUGCAUAUAGGGAGUCUAAAAAAUUUGUACAUACAGCUAAACUACAGCUUGUCUAGACAUUUGAUAGCAUCCUUGGAUGUUUCUACCAGAAGCCAGCUCAAUUACCGAAAGUGGGGAUUAAAUACUUCACACUGGCAUCCUGUGCAAAAGUGACACAAAAGUUCUGUGAAUGUCAGUCUAAGCUUCCUGUAGUCCUGCACUUUCAAUAUUUUAGAAGCUUUCCCAGUUUCUUUACUAGGAGUUAGUCUGUUGCCAAUGAUUUGUGUAUAUACAACACAUAAAUAAGUACUGGUUUUAAUUUUCUUUAACUGUUUUAUAGAUAUUUAAAAAUAGGCUUAAUGGAAAUAAAAAUGAUUUAUAUCAAAACCAGAGAAAUACUUUGCUAGUAUGCAUUUGAGACAGUGAUAGGCACAGGUUUUAUACAGAGAAGUCAGGCAGUAUAGAGAUGUUUAUUAUUUAUUCAGAGAUUAAUGCUUACUACUAUUCAGACAAUAAACUACAUUUCCAUUUCACUGGGUAUCCCCAUAAUGCUGCCUCUAUCAGGUGCAGGUGUGCUGUACUUGCAGACAUAGAUGAUCUGAUAAAUUUUAAUUUUAGAAAGAAAUCUUAAAUUCUAUAAAUUCUAUUUCAUUCUUAUUUUCAUUCUCUAAGAUGAUUAAUUAUUUUUAAACGUGGUACUUUUAGCAUUUAGAAACAUGUCUGAAAGUAGAUAAUGAUGUUUUGUGAGUUGCUAUUCUUAGCUGGUUUUAGUGGAGGCUGUGAUGCAUCCAGCACAGAUAAUCAGGAGUUAGGUGUUUAUAACUGUGUAUGGCAUAAAGUAAGAACUGCUAUGAUAUAAACCCCCCACCUGAUACUGUGGUACAAAGUAAAAAUCAGGAACCAGUUUGAAAAAUAAAAACUUAUUUAAGGAUGUGGUUUUGAAAAAAUAAAAUUUUUCUGGAAUGCUUCCACUUGUUCCAACACCUCCCAAACUCCCCUAGCACUGGCAGCAUUGGGAUCAAAGAAAGAGGUCAGUGGUGAAUUUGUAUGCCCCUAGGCAGAACCUAUAGCAUUUGAAAUUAUAUCUUUAGGCUUAAGUUUAAGUAGAGAUGCAGCUCCUGAGUCCUUCUCUAGAGCUAACUCUCAAAAUUAACUUUUAGAAAAUAUUUUUUUGAAUAAUGGCUUACACCCCUAAUUCUUGUUGUCCUAUAUAUGUGUGUUCUUGUCCCAAACUAGCACUAAGCUUUCUAGAGACUAAAAAAAAAGAAGCUGUUUGCACUAGUAAGGUAUUCCACAUAAUGGGCAGAAAAGUUUUGUUAUUGUCUUUAGGCCAUGGUGUGUUUGAUUUGAAAAAAAAACCCAGGAAAUAGAAAAUGAGAAGUUAGAAAAGUUAGAAAGUUAGAAAAGAAAAAAGAAAGUUAGAAAAAAAUAGAAGUUAGAAAAAAGAAUAACUAUUUUAUUAGGCAUGUCCUGAAAUACUUGUAUGUUUUUCUUCUAGUGUACCUUGACUAAACUAUGCAUUUUUUUAGACUGAAUAUGUAAAAUUUUGAUAUAAAAUUUAAAAAAAAUCUCUAA